GGCGAGGGGUUUGGACAGACAGCCAAGCAGAAAAUAGAAAAAGGCCCAUUGGCAGAGGUGGCUAUAGGACGUGGAAGGAAAAGAAAGACCAUCAAAAUAGCUUUGUCGGCAUUUGGAAAGCAGAAUCACACAGCUAGCAAUUUAUAUGCUCAUAGGCCAAAUAUAUGUUGGUUACAUAGUGGGAUUUCAACGCAGAUAGUUUGUCGUCGAUUAGACAGAAGAUACGGAGCUUCUGCCAGCUGUCUAAAAUAAGAUUAAACUCUUUCUCCAGAUAGGAUGGCAAUGUUAGUUUGCUGACUGCUACAGUCCUUGUCAUUGCCGUCGUUCCUGUCGUUGCUGCUGUGGGGGAGGAACAGAAAGAAAGGGCCUGUGCUCCCUCAUUCCAUGCAAGUAACCUUUCAACUCCUCGCAGUCUCGAAACAAAAACAACCAAGUCUGGAGAGCACCGACAAAGAGGACGGAGAAGCAGGCGAGGAGGAAAGAGCAAGAGUUCUUAGAAAGGUUGUGUCUCUGGAAUGCCUGGCUCAGAAUGCAGCCACUGAGCAGUUCACUCCUUUCAGGAGCCAAGGGGAGCCGUGAUUGGCCACUGGACUUAUCUGGGUGGAGUUGUAGAAGGGAUUUUACCUAUUCAUUUGCACUUUCUGUAAGGCCCCUCCUACCUCACUGAUGCUCCGCCCUUGGCCCCUGUUCGCUGCCUGUGUGUCUGGGAAUGCAGUUUUUGCAUCGGAGGGGCAGUGCUGGAGAUGGCCAAUCUCAGGGGCUAAGGUUAGGGUUUAAGGGUCAACACAAUUCAAAAGCUUCAGGAGUGGAUGUGGCAGGGCCUAUGGCCAAGCUCCAGGCACCAACAGGCAUAAGCAGUCUGCACAAUGGAAAUCGGCUUGUGCUGACUUCACAACUGACCCCUGGAAUAUAGAGCUUUGCAUCUAUGAGACGGGAAGCUUAUUUUCAAUUUUAAAGCUUUGUUGCACUUGUUCAGACAUUCUAGAACUCUCUAGAGCUUUUGUUUGUAUUACUUAACACAGCACAACUUCCCCUAAAACAAUCAACCAUUUCAAGUCACUAUGCGUCACAUCCAUGUAGAACUGGCUCGUAAAGAGCCAGCCAUUGAGCUUCCAGCCCAGGAUGGAGAUUUACAGAUGCCUAGUACUCAGAACGAGAGCCCUGAACCAGCUCUAAGGCGAGUAGUUUCCAGGCCUUUUGGAGAAGAAGAGAUCAGGCUGCAGAAAGUCUACCAACUAUCCAUCCUCUCCCAGAGAGGUGGUUUUGGGGAAAAUCAAGAUACACCACGACCUAUCAGAGUAGGUAUGAAGCGUGGCCUGGAGGGACCACUGGUCCCUGUUGCACACAAGCGUCUUUUUCAAGAGGAGGCGGAUGAUGAUGAUGAUGAGUUCGAUGGGGAGGUGCUUUGUGGAUCUGGGGUGGAACCAUUUUUUUCUAGCUCAAUCCUUGAGCACAGAGACUCAGAAAUCCCUAGGUCACCCCCCCUUUCCCCUUCACACCCUCCCAUUCCUGGUCGCCGACCGGCCCAGCACAACCAUGACAGGCCCAUCCCUGAUGCAUUUGCCCCACUCUCCCCAAAAUCUCCCCCUAUGGUGGACCCCCUGGGGACUCACUCUGCCUGGGGCCACUGUGAGGGGAGCCCACCCACCCUCACUCCAAGGGCCGAGACCUCCACAGCUGGGAAACUCCCAGCUGGUUCCAUCGAAGGGCCACGGGAUGAGGGCCGUAAUAACUGUAAUCUCUCUCUGGAGGUCAAGGGAACUUUGUGCACCACGGAGGUCAGUUGGGCACCUGUCCCGUUUUCAACACCAGCUGAAGCUCUCGAGUGGGGGACCAAUUUUGAAUACUCUCCUCCACCGUCAGAAACCAAGACUGCCUCCUCCAACGGACUGAGCUCUCUUGAGAAAACUCCAGUGGAAGCAAAUAGUCUAACAGGGUCAUCCAGUUCUUGCCCAGUAAAAAAGAGACUUCUCUCCUCCAGCGAUACAGGAGAAUCCUGCUCAGAAGAUGAGGGCCCAUCCACCUCAAAACGCAGCCGACUGGCACUGUUGGCACCAGGGCUUGGAUUAGCAUCCUGUCGCAGCACUGACGCCAAGGGCGCACCCUUCUGGAACCAUCUACUACCAUCAGCAAGAGAGCACACCAAGACUGCUACAGACUGUUCACGUGCAGGGAGAAGGCUCAAAGCUGGCAGCCGUCUCAAAAUUCGACAGCUGCGCAGUGGACGCAGAACAGAGACCAGUCGCUCCUGUGGUUCAGUCUCCUCUUUAUCAUCCAUUAGCAGACCUCUUCUUGGCAAUUUUGAGGAAUCAAUUCUAAAGGGUCGCUUCUCUCCAUCUGGGCGGAUAGAGGGCUUCACUGCAGAGAUCGGGGCUAGUGGCUCCUAUUGCCCACAACAUGCCACCUUACCUGUGCAAGUCACUUACUAUGACACAUCAGAGCACAGUGCCCCUUCCCCCUUCUUGGGGGUAAUCUUGCUAGAGCCACUUGGGAAAAAAGGAUACAGUGUACCUAAAGCAGGGACCAUUCAAGUGACCUUAUUCAACCCCAAUAAGACUGUGGUUAAGAUGUUUUUGGUGACUUAUAAUUUUGGGGACAUGCCCGUUAAUCACAUGACCUUCUUGCGCCAUCGUAUCUUCCUGGUGCCUGUGGAGGAGACAGAGGGGUCAGGGGAGGGGCAGCAGGGCUCCUUGUCUGACAGGAAGAAGAUUCUCUGCUACUUGAUACACCUCAGAUUCCAGAGUUCCAAAUCUGGGAAAAUCUACUUGCACAAUGAUAUCCGGCUGCUAUUCUCCCGCAAGUCCAUCGAGGUGGACGCUGGGAUUCCUUACGAGCUGAAAUCUUUCACCGAGGUGCCAAGAAACCCCAAAUACUCCCCCAGAGUUUGAGAUUGGGACGCACUGCUGCAACUGGGCAGAAGGACUGCAAGAAAAGAAAACCCCAUACACUUGAAAGACUGAUCUCAAACACAUGAAACAAACACACUUACACACUGCAGAUACAUGCAUAUGCAGACAGAUGUAUGUACAUACAGUCCGAUAUCACACCCUAUUUUGGAAGACUCUAGAACUGAGUGUGUAACAUGCAUGCUUUGUGACUAAAUUGAGUUUUCCUUUAGUGCCGUUAAACAGUUAAGCUUUGCCCUUCACUCUGCCUGCACCCAACUUCUGCUCACUGUGGACCCGUUGUAUCCAUGCCCACCAACCUGAUCCAUGCCAAAAUGUUGGUGCCCAGUCAUGUCAUCAAUGGAUAUGGACAUCCUCGAUUGAAAGGACUGAUUGGAUGUACAGAGAGGUGUUAUUGAGAACAGGAAUGUAGGAAAGCAAAGAGGGAAGAGGACUUUGGGCAAAACGAGAAAUUGAUUAUUCAGUUCCACUUUGGAGUUUCAACAAUGGACGCUAUGAGUGACUUGCCCAUUGGAGGUGAUAAGAAAGUUCCAGGAAGGGACCAGCUAAACAAAGGACUGAAAGUCCAUCCAUUCAGUAGAUGCAUUGUGUUUACCACAACAUGGGUUUUAAAGUGGAGAAAAGCCCUCAGGGUUUUGGACAUUUUCUCUUUGGAAGGGCAGCUUGAAGGACACUGUUUCUAUCAGCUAAUUCUGUUAUUGAACAGUUCAAAGCCAGAGAGCAGAAAACAAACUGUAGUAUUCAUGUUCACAAAUGUCUUAAAAAAGCAAUAUGCUGCACAACUAGAGUGAUUUUCUUUUUUGUGGAGGUAGUAUCUCUGAUAGGAUUGAGGGAGAUGAAAAGAAUGCCAAGUGAGUGAUGUAGUCAAAAGGAGAGAGGGAGGGAGAACAUAACAAAAACAAAAGGGAAAGGGAGGGGAUAUGGGGUAUUUAAAAUCAGAAUAUGUUGUUUAUGAAUAUUUUAAAAAUGAUUAAACUCUGCGACUUGCGAG